AUGGCGGACCACCCGGACGCCAUUGAACGACCUGAUGACCCCGGCGAUGAACCCGCUCGUCGUUCGCCAAUUGAUCUGUCUGCGGCCGUUACCGGGCUGGAUCUGCUAUUCUCCAACUUAGCGGCAGUAGAUAACCAUGGAAAGGCGCCUGCAGUCGCGCCGACCGUCGAUGUUCCAUUUGAACCCAUCGACGAGCCUCUGUGUCCCUCCCCUACUGCGCCCGUGUUGGAGCAAGACAGCUCCAACCCUUCAGGUGAAGAAAUCGCGGCGGUGCCAGUGGCUAAGAAGUCCGCCAGCCGGAAACGGACCUGUGGGUCCUGUGCGGUGCUGGCCAGCGAGCUCCCCAGGGGGGAGGAGGACCGGUGGGUCCUGUGCGGUGCUGGCCAGCGAGCUCCCCAGGGGGACCGGUGGGUCCUGUGCGGUGCUGGCCAGCGAGCUCCCCAGGGGGGAGGAGGACCGGUGGGUCCUGUGCGGUGCUGGCCAGCGAUCUCACCAGGGGGGAGGAGGCCCGGUGGGUCCUUUGCGGUGCUGGCCAGCGAGCUCCCCAGGGGGGAGGAGGACCGGUGGGUCCUGUGCGGUGCUGGCCAGCGAGCUCACCAGGGGGGAGGAGGCCCGGUGGGUCCUGUGCGGUGCUGGCCAGCGAGCUCCCCAGGGGGGAGGAGGACCGGUGGGUCCUGUGCAGUGCUGGCCAGCGAGCUCCCCAAGGGGGAGGGCGACCGGUGGGUCCUGUGCGGUGCUGGCCAGCGAGCUCCCCAGGGGGGAGGAGGACCGGUGGGUCCUGUGCGGUGCUGGCCAGCGAGCUCCCCAGGGGGGAGGAGGACCGGUGGGUCCCUUUCUGGCUCGUGA